CACGGCUCGUCGCCCCGGACAUGAUGCCGAAAUGUCACGCGCUUCGCCUCUACGUAGCGUCUGCCAACAGCAACUCUCUACUAGACCCUGGUCUAGGCGAUGCCAGUCAGCAUGCUCGGACACGCGCUCGCUGGCGCCGCCCUGCUGGGCCUCGCCUCGUCGAACCCCAUCGUCUCGCAAGCAGGACAACGUGUGGCGAUCCCCAACUGGGACCUGCAGCCUGCAAGCGGUGUUCACGGAUCGCUCGACGCCGUGUCGAAACCAGGCCACGAUACUUCAGCAUGGAACCACAUCCCGCUACCGAGAUGCACGAUCCUCGGCUGCCUCCUGGGCGCGGGAAAGUACAAGGACUCGGAGAUUUGGUUCUCUGACAACAUGAACAAGUUUGACUGGGGCCAGUUCCUGCAGCCGUGGGUGUAUCGCAACGAAUUCGCACUCGCUGGCAAAGCCGACAAGGGCCAGCACUACUUCCUGGAAACAAAUGGCAUCAGCUCGCGCGCGGACCUGUACUUUAACGGGAAGAAGAUCGCGGACAAGGCGGCCCAGGCGGGUAGCUUUGGCGGGCAUACGUACGACAUCACGUCUCUGGUCGGGCAGAAGAAUGCGCUCGCCGUCAACGUGUAUCCGUCUGAUUUCAACUACGAUCUCGUGCAGGGAUUUGUAGAUUGGAACCCGCACGCGCCGGACAACGGCUCGGGCAUCUGGCGCGACAUCGUCGUCAAGCAGACGGGUUCCGUGGCCAUGGGCCCCGUGAGUGUCUCGGUCGACAUGGACGUGCCCGUGGAGAAGAGCCGGGCCACCGUCACCGUCCGUGCGACGGCACGCAACUUGGAGAGUCACGACGUCAAGUUCGUGGCACGUUCCGUCGUCAAGGGCCCCUUGGGGUGCAAGGGGCUUACCGAAGACAAGACCAUCACGCUGCGCGCCGGCGAGACCCAGACGGUCGCCAUCGUGCACCGCAUCGACAAGCCCAAGAUCUGGUGGCCCAAGACAUGGGGGGCCCAACCCCUGUAUAAGUCGACGCUUACCUUUUCCGUGGACUCGAAGCUGUCCGAUACCUCGAGCCAGCGCUUCGGUGUGCGAACGGUGACCUCACGUGUCAACUCGUACAACGACACCAUUUUCUCUGUCAACGGGCACCCGUUCCAGGUCAUUGGCGGAGGUUACUCGCCCGACCACUUCUUCCGAUGGGACGACAACGGGAAGCGGUGGGAGGACAUCGUGCGAUACUCGCUCGACAUGGGCCUGAAUACGAUCCGUCUCGAAGGCAUGAUGGAGCACCCGCAGCUGUACGAGAUUGCCGAUGAGAUGGGCAUGAUGAUUAUCGCGGGCUGGGUAUGCUGCUCAAAGUGGGAGAGCUGGGAGUACAACCAUGAGCUGCAGAUUGACCCCGUGCCGCUAUGGACCGACAACGACUAUGACACGGCCAACGCGAGCAUGCGACACGAGGCCGCGAUGCUGCAGCCGCACCCGAGCAUGCUCGCCUACUUCGUGGGCAGUGACUUCUGGCCCAACGAUCGUGCCGUCAAGAUCUAUGCCGAUGCCCUGCACGGGGCUAGCUGGCAGGUCCCUAUCAUUGCUUCCGCUAGCAAGAGGGGUUUCCCGGCACUCCUCGGCCCCGGUGGCAUGAAGAUGGAUGGUCCCUACGACUGGGUGCCGCCCAACUACUGGUAUGACACGGAGCCGUCCAAGGACCGAAAGGGCGCAGCCUUCGGCUUUGGAUCGGAGCUGGGUGCCGGCGUGGGCACCCCUGAGAAGGGGAGUCUGGUGCAAUUCCUCACCAAGAGCGAGAUGGAAGAGCUCUGGACCAAGCCGAACAAGAACAUGUUCCAUAUGUCGACAAACAUGUCCUCGUUUUACAACCGGCAGAUUUACAACGAGGGUCUCUUUCAGCGCCUCGGUAAGCCGACCUCACUCGACGACUAUCUCCUCAAAGCGCAGAUCAUGGACUUUGAGGCGACGCGCGCACAGCACGAGGGCUAUGCCUCACAGUGGAAUGCCAAACGCCCCGCUACGGGCACCAUCUACUGGAUGCUCAACAACGCGUGGCCGAGCUUGCACUGGAACCAAUUCGACCACUAUAUGCACCCAGCUGGCUCCUACUUCGGCACCAAAGUCGGUGCGCGCCUGGAACAUGCCGCGUAUGACUACGUCCGCCAGAGCGUGUGGGUGAUUAACCGCUCGCUCAGCAAGGACGGCGCGCGCACUGUUGACGCCGAGCUCAUGAGCCUGGACGGCAAGGUCCUCGACAAGCAAUCGCUACACAUCACCGGCAAGGCCAACACAGCGGCCAGCGCGGGCAAGCUCAAGGCGGUCAGCAAGAUCAAGGGCGUUGCCUUCCUCCGCCUCGUGCUCAAGGACGGGGCGGGCAAGGCGCUGGGCCGCAACGUGUACUGGCUCGCCGACGCGGGCGGCGUGGACGAGCUGAACUGGCCCAACUCGACGUGGUAUCACACCCCCGUGACCAAGUUUGCCGACUACUCCUCGCUGUUCUCGAUGAAGUCGGCGCAGGUGUCGCUCACCAAGGGCAAGUCAGGGGGCGAUGGCUCACACGGGCUCGUCCUGGAGAACAAGGCGCGCGUGCCGGCCUUUUUCGUGCGCUUGAACCUCGUCGAUGCAAAGGGCGCAGAUGUCAACCCUGUCGUCUGGUCGGAUAACUAUGUGACGCUGUGGCCGGGCGAAAAGUUGGAGCUGGACGUGAGCUUCAGGGGGCCGGGCGCCAAGGUGCAGAUCAGCGGUGGCAACGUCAAGGCUGCGGAAGUCUCAUUGUAGACUCGGCGUUUUCCAAUUCACAUGAGAUCGAUGUUAUAAUACAAAGCGAU